AGUAAGAGCCGCCGCUAUUGUGUGAAUACUGAAUACCCUCGAAUCUCAAUCUCUCUUGAUUCUCCUGGAACCUUCUCGAAUCAGGAAAGAGCCUACACCUAUCCUUAUUUAAAAUCUAACCCAUCUCCACUACGUUUGACCCAUUCUCCGCUCUGCAUCUAAUCUAAUCUAAUUUCAUUCUUUGGAUCUUUCUUUGAUAAUAAUGGAGGGAGGUGCAGCAGUAUCGACAGAAAAACAGAACGAAUCCACGCCGUCUUAUACCUACUGGGUUAGACAAACGACGCAAGAUGCUGCACCUUUACCUCUUCCAAAGAAGCUCACAUCUGACGACCUCAAUAAUCAAGCCAAUAAUACCCAAACCCACCUAGGCUCUGCUUGGAAUCGGGCUGGAACAUGGGAGGAGAAAAAUCUAAAUAAAUGGGCGAAUGAACGAAUUAAGGAGCUGCUCAUAUCUGUGGGAUCACUGGUGUAUUCUGGUGGCAGAGCAGAAGUGGCCGAAGUAACACGAUGUUCUGGUGAUGCAUUUUUGGUGACUGUACGGAAUAAAAAGCGUGUUGGCUAUACAUAUGAGCUCACGAUCAAAGUCAAGGGGGAAUGGCUUGUUGGAGAUGAGAAAAAGGUGAUCAAGGGCCAUAUAGAUAUACCAGAGUUCUCAUUUGGCGAGAUAGAUGAUUUGCAGAUUGAAGUGAGUCUUAGUGAAGACAAGGAUCUUGGACAAGAAGACAAGCAUCGAAUAAAACAGGAUAUGAAGCAAUUUUUGCAGCCUUUUCAGGAAAAAUUGCUCAAGUUCGAGCAGGAACUGAAAGAGUUGUAGUAUGACUGUUGCAUUUGGUACUAUUUCUUGAAGCUUUUUUUUUCUUUUUUCUUUUCCUAAGACGCUUGUGGUCUGGACUUGUGGACGAAUGUCCCUUAGACUCGAAAGUGUUACUUCUACUCAUAAUCAAAAUGUAAUACUUUAGCACAACUUAUUAAGAAUAUUGGGACUUUAGAUUAUUUGAUGUCGUAGUGCUGGUGAUUGUUCCCUUGUUAUUUGAGAAAGAAUGACCUAGUUUGACUUGA